CCGCCGGGAGGGCAUCUCCGUCCGUCCCUCCGUCCCUGGGUCGGUCCAUGUUCUGGAAGAAUAAUGAGAGCCCUUCCUCCUCCGGCCCUCCGCCCGAGGGACAGCAGCUCCACCCGCGGACCCAGGCCCAGUCCGAGGGGGAAGCGCUGGCCCCGGCUCCCCUUCCUCCCCCUCCUCCUCCGCCGGGGCCCCUGGAGAAAGAGGAGCCCCGCUCGGGGGCCAGCAGCCCGGCCUCCUCCUCCGCCUCCUCCUCGGGGCCCUCGGUCUGCUCGCCGCCUUCCUCGGCCUCGGCCUCCUCCCGGCCGCCCUCCGGCCCCAAGAACCUCUGCUCCAGCUGCGGCCAAGAGAUCCUCGACCGGUACCUGCUUAAGGUGAACAACCUGAGCUGGCACGGGCGCUGCCUGGCCUGCUCCGUCUGCCGGACCUCCCUCCGGCAGCAGAACAGCUGCUACGUCAAGAACAAGGAGAUCUUCUGCAAAGGAUACUUCAGCCGGUUUGGUACAAAAUGUGCCCGCUGUGGGAGGCAGAUCUAUGCCAGCGACUGGGUCCGGAGAGCCCGGGGCAAUGCCUACCACUUGGCAUGCUUUGCUUGUUUCUCUUGUAAGAGGCAGCUGUCCACUGGAGAAGAGUUUGGCUUAGUGGAAGAGAAGGUCCUCUGUCGGAUCCACUACGACACUAUGAUAGAAAACCUCAAGCGCGCAGCGGAGAACGGGAACGGCAUCACAUUGGAAGGGGCAGUUCCUUCUGAGCAAGACAGCCAGCCCAAGCCGGCCAAAAGAGCCCGGACGUCCUUCACGGCGGAGCAGCUGCAGGUCAUGCAAGCACAAUUUGCUCAGGAUAACAACCCGGAUGCGCAGACCCUUCAGAAACUGGCCGACAUGACGGGGCUGAGCAGGAGAGUUAUUCAGGUUUGGUUUCAGAACUGCCGAGCGCGGCAUAAAAAGCACACGCCCCAACACCCGGUGCCAGCGUCUGGAGGUUCCCAGUCUCGCAUCCCCUCCGUGUUGCCUGAUGACAUCCACUACUCCCCCUUCAGCAGUCCUGAAAGGGCCAGGAUGGUGACGCUCCACAGCUACAUAGAAAGUCAGGUACAGUGUGGGCAAAUGCACUGCCGCCUCCCCUACGCUGGCCCUCCUGUGCACCUCAAAGCCGACAUGGAAGGACCCCUAGCAAGUCGGGGGGAGAAGGUCAUCCUCUUUCAGUACUGACUAUUUGUGCUCCUCCUGAUCUCCGGGGGAUUUGUUCAUGGUAGGAUUUGUUUUCAGUGACGCUGCUGCUCAACCAUGUGCCAUGCAACCCGUGGCAACUCAGCACAGUAGGAUGGCCAUUGCAUAGGCUGCCAGAAGAACCCACUUCCGGUAUUCCUGGCCCCUUCUUCUGAUCUGGCAUCUGAACCUCGUAACCAAUCUCUGGAACCACCACUGCAAUCUCUCAAGCACCUGGUUGUGUUCUCCACUUGGUCCUCCCUUGGGAUGGCAACUUGUUGGCUGACAAAGACUUCCAAGGCAGCAGUGUCCUCUCUGAUGGAACAACUCAAACCUACCAGCCCUUAUGCUGUUCUCAGCAGGGGAGGAAGAGGGGAGUAACUCACUUCAAGCUGAGGAUGGCUUGGCCUCUGACUCUUGACCACAUCAAGAAGAGAAACUGAGUUUCUGAAGCUAAAUUGUUCACAAUCUUAAAUCUGUGUAACAAUCAAGUUGGCUGACCAGUCUGUUUGGCCAUCAUACAGAGACCUGGAAAGUAAAUUGUUUCUUCUCCCACUCCAUCCAAUAAUUUUGGUAGCAGAGACUAUGGACCUUGGCCUUUCAACUCUGAGGGUUGUUUGACUCUCUUUUGUCAAGAAAAUGCCUGUCUGUCCCUUUAACAGAUAGGAGUUUGCAGCUCUGAAACCCAAAUGCUGGUAACCUGUAACUGGGAGAAACCAGGUGGUUCUCAAACAAUCAUAUAUACUUUUUAACCCAACCACACAGUAGCGGAAAGAUGAGCUAUAGGGAAAUUAAAAAAAAAAUCUUUUCUAACUCCUAGGAGCCAGAUUCAAAUCAUCAGGGUCCAGAUUACUAGGGCGAAGGCAAGAAAAUGUUUAAAUAUAUCUUGGUGUCAGCAUGAAAGUUUUGUUUAGGAGACAGGAAUGAUGGGAUGCAAGUCAGUCUCUUAGGGUACAGUUUUGUGAGCUCCAACUGGCACUUGCCCUCCCAAGAUUUCUUCCACUAUGAAGAGGUGGCUGCUGACAUUGUGUGGUGCUGCCUUUAGAUCCAAAAUGCCUAGCCCUGUGAUGUGACACCCCUGCCCCAAAUUUGUGCUGCACCAGUGGCAUUACCAGGGAACAGGCAUUUGAGCAAUGGUGCUAUUGUGUGAAGCUGUUUAGGGUCAAUGUUUCUGUGCUUCUAACUCCCAUGGUCUAGGUUUGUAGUCUAGACCAGUGUGGGAUGCCAAUGUGACUGUGAGCACCAGGAGGGUUCCUUGCCUUCUGAAAAAAAUUCUUGUGCCUUUGAAGGCAACAUGUAAAAACAGAAAACUAACGGCAUGCUAUUUAGCAGCCUUUGUCGGUGGAGAGUGGAUAGGUACAAGAAAGACAGACGUGCAGCCUAGUUCUAAUCAAACUGAUUUAAAAGUGUCAGCUGAGUUCUGCUCUCCCCAGGAAAUGAGCCUAGGAGUUAUUCCUAUUCCUGACGCUCGGUCUGGAUUAGGCACAGAAUAUGGACCGAGAGAGUUGUGGCUUUCACAUGCCCAAGGGUGGCAUCAAACAAAACAGCAGUCACACAAGGGGCCCACUUGGAUAGGGGCACAGUUUUAAAAAUCCUUUCUCCACUUAUUUUUUAGAGUCACAGUUUUAAAAAAUCACUGCUCCACUUUAACCCCCCCCCUCCGAUUUCUCCCACAUCUGCUGUUCAACAUGUCAUCUUAGAAAACAACAUAACAGAUAGCACCAUCUUCCCAUGGAGAAGGCUUGCCGUAAUAGUGUCCUCAACAGCUACCCUGGAUGCAGUGCACAUUUGUUAUCAGCAACUGAACGAGGCAUGAGCUGAAAUGAUGUGAUAAUUUAUAUUAUAAGUUCUCUUUGUUAAUCAUUCUAAGGGUAAGAAUACUACUCUCUGCUCCACACCAUUCCUCCUCUCCAACCCUGCAGGAAAUCUUGGUCUGUCUUCCUUGCAAAAGUCAGGAAGCAGCCAGGGAUGGAGGCUCUUACCAUUUGAGAAUUUUGUUUGGGCUCUGCCAGGUUCCCCCCCCUUUUUAGGGUGUUUCCCCCCCCUU